AUGUACCUCCGGAGUGGGGCGUCAUUGGUCUCAAAUCCAACAGACUGCACAACAGUUCAACUGGCUGAACCAGCUACAAGCAAUGCUUACUUUGAAAAAGGUUUGGAAGAAUGUGAAUGGCUUGGCAGGACCCCGAUUGUUGCAGUUGCAGUUGACGGUUUGACUUUCUAUCUUGCUGGGGUUCCCACACACGACAGCAUUCAGGUUCGUAGCUUUCGACAAAAUUAUCACACACCAGAGAGGCCUGUACGGGACAAGAAUGGAGAGACGAUAGACGAUGGUGAAGGCAAGAAGAAGAUGAUACCGGGUAUUAACAUGGAUAACGGUUAUUAUCAAAUGCAUGAGUACCAGGCACCGGCGUGGGCACAACACCUGAAUCACAUACCAUCGCAUAUAGUGAAGCUGACUUCUCUGAACACUCCGAUACAUCGCUGGAGCCUUCCCGGAGUACCGGAUGGGUUCCAAGUGUUUAUCAAACGCGAUGAUCUUACUGGCGCAGAAUUAUCUGGAAGCAAGGUCCGCAUUCUACAGUUUCUGUUCGCUGAGGCCCUUAGGAACAACGCUCGCCACGUGGUGACAGGGGGCUGUCUGCAGUCUAAUCACUGCCGCGCAGUAGCCCUCACGUGCCGCCAACUGGGCUUGACGCCCCACAUUGUGGUGGCAAGGGUGUCAAAGGUGUAA